UUGAAAGUUGAGAAGUAAUGGGAAAGGUACAAUCAGCGUUGUGGUCCGCAUUGUCGAUUUUCCACUACUUUAUUGUGGAAUCUCAUAUCAUUAUCGCAGGUACAAUCAUCCUAUAGCUGUCCUAUUUCACUCACGUCCAUAACAACUGUCUUGUCCCUUCUUUGUUCAACCAAUUCAACAAAAACUGUAUUUGUUCUUCUCGCCUUCAAUUAUUUGCAUCGUUCAAUGCACCCACUAUUAAUGUCCUGCUAGAACUCUUCUCCCAACUACCUCGCUAAUCUCCAUGCGCGCAGCUGCAAUUGUUUUAUUUCACACUCAAUCCACAUUAGGGUUUAAUCGCAAGGGGCGUGGAGAAAUUCUCUAUAAGAGCUUCACGAGAAAUCUACUAAACUCUCAAAAAAGCUGUAUGAAUUUGUCAUUAUACAAGUUGAUAGCAUUUCAGAGCUUUUCCUAACGAAAAUGGCAUUAGAGAGAAAAUAUGCCUAUUUCUUUGUCGUAAUGGUGGGAAUGGCGAUGCUCAUGGCUGCUGGAACUAGCAUUGCCGCUGAGGGAGACAAAGACAGAUUGAUAUCUCUGGACCCUCUGACAAAGGCUACUGCUGAGACGACAAGGACAAUUGAAACGAAAUCUGGGUCAUCUGAAAGUGUUCCAAGAGGUUCUACUCGCAUUGUGGUAAAAGAAAAGGCAGAUAAGAGAGACGAAAUCAUCUUCGUCUUACAUUUGGUCAUUAUCAAUCUUGUAAUCGUUACCUCUUCAAUCGUUUUCUUUCCGAUUCGAUCUUAGCGUUUGAUUUAGCAGCACUUUGACAAUCGAAUCUCAAGAUAUUUUUCCAUUUGAUAAAUAUCCUCCAUAAGACUUUUUCCCACUAUUUUGGAGGAGCCGAUAUGUCCGAUUCCUGUACAUUUUGGAACAAUCCAUUUCCUUCACAACUUUCUGCAGAAUAGCUAAGCCUACUACAUAUACUAUUCUCUUAUCUGUUUCUAUUG